AAUAAGAUAUUGUCUAAUAUAUUCCUACGCUUGUUAACAUCAAAAUUUAUGAACGAUCUCAUAGAUAUUUGCAAAAAUCUCAUGACAGCUACUGGAAAACCAAGUGUACUGGGAGAAAUGGAUCUCAGGAAUGAUCCUGAGGAGAGUAUAGUGGAAGUAGAUAACCAGGUAUCUGAUGAUCUAUUCGAUAAUCAUUCAGUGACUGACAUCAGUGAUACAAUUGAAUCUGGGGAUAUGCAAACUGUAACAGGUGCUUUGAGCCCAUUAGCUGAGGAACAGUUGACAAAGCAGGAUUUACUUCUCCUUGAAAUUGUGAGGUUCCUAUGUAUUUCUGUAACUACAGUCCAAAUUCAGACAGUGAGCUUCCGAGCCUCUGACAUACGGCAGAAGCUGUUAAUGCUUACCGAUGGCAGUGUCUUUGAUAGCACUAAGCCAUUACAUCUGCACAUGUACUUGGUUCUUUUGAAGGAGCUCCCUACUGAAGAACACCUCUUGCCUGCAAUGGAUGCAGAUAUACUUCUGAAACCUCUUUCUACCGUGUGUUCUUUGUACCGUCGAGAUCAAGAAGUUUGUAAAGAAAUUCUGAAUAAUUUGCUCCCUAUAGCAGUAGGAUUGGCCCAGUCCGAUGCACAUGCUGAAGAGACAGGGAGUGCCAGAGGACAAUUUUUGACAGUUGUUGGAGCCUUUUGGCAUUUAUCUCAAGGAGGGAAGUGCACUGCAUCAGUAAGAGUGGCCCUUUUAAACUGCAUGAAAGCCCUGCUUGAGGCCGAUCCUUAUUGCAACUGGGCAAUCCUUAAUGUGAGAAAUGAAGAUCUACCUGUGAAUGAUGCCUUCCCACAUUUCCUUGCAGACAGUCACCAUCAAGUUCGCAUUCUUGCUGCAAAGUCAAUUAUCAGUUUGUUUCAAGAUGUGAAACAGAGAGAUUCUUCUGGAAUGUCAAAACCUCUUCCCUUGAAGCUCCAGCAAAAGGCUUUUGAGAAUGCCUAUCUCAGAGUUCAAGAAGGAAUGAGAAACCUGGUCAGGGGUGAUGCAAGUCCUGAAGAUCUUUUGGACAAACAGCAUAAUGGAAAAGCAGUUUUGCUGAUGCUUAUAACCAUGGUUCUGUGCUGCAGUCCAGUCUGUGAAAAGCAAGCUUUGUUUGCCGUUUGCCAGUCUGUGAAAGAGAAUGGAUUAGAACCUCACCUGGUGAAAAAGGUUUUGAAAAAAGUAUCUGACAUUUUUGGCUAUAAAAGUAUAGAAGACUUCAUGAUGUCACAUUUAGACUAUUUGGUGAUGGAGUGGCUGAAAAUAAAUGACAGUGGAUAUAGCCUGUCUGCUUUUCCUUAUGUUCUUCUGAACUAUGGUAGCCUUGCAGAAUUCUACAGGUCUUGUUAUAAAGUUCUGGUUCCACACUUGGUGAUUAGAAGUCACUUUGAAGAUGUGAAGUCACUUGCUGACAAGAUCGAAAAAGACUGGAGACAGGUUCUAGCAGACUGUUUUCCAAAGUUGCUCGUGAAUAUCCUUCCAUAUUUUGCCUAUCAAAGCCAUGGAAAGAGUGAAGUAGAGGAGCAAAGAGAUACGGCUUCUAAAGUCUAUGACAUGCUUAAGGAUGAAAACUGCUUAGGAAAACAGCAAAUUGACAGUUUAUUUCAUAAUAACUUACCAGAGAUUGUGGUUGAACUGUUGAUGACUUUACAUGAACCACCUGGUACCAUGGUAGAAGAAGGAGCUCAUCUAAGUAAAUACAUAAGGGAACUGGAUCCUGCUCCUAAUCCUCCUCAUUUUCCAUCUUAUGUGAUUAAGGCAACCUUGGACUAUAUUAGCAACUGUCAUAAAAGCAAAUUAAAAAGUAUUGUAGCAGUUCUUUCUAAAAGCCCUGAUUCAUUCCAGAAAAUCCUUCUAGCUCUUUGUAAGCAUGUAUCAGAUACAAACAACGUUUAUAAGAAACACAGAGUUCUUCUAAUUUAUCACCUGUUUGUUGGUCUCUUACUUAAAGAAAUAAAAGAUGGUUUAGGAGGAGCCUGGGCUUUUGUACUCCGAGAUGUAAUUUACACCCUGAUUCACCACAUCAAUAGCAGACCUGUUAUUAUCAGAGACAUAUCCAUGCGCAGCUUUUCAGUCUGUUGUGAUCUCCUUCAUCAUGUUUGCCACACAGCGGUUACGUGUUGCAGUGAUGCUCUAGAGACACACCUUCAUGUUAUUGUAGGAACCCUAAUACCUCUUGCCAUGAAGCAGUCUGAGAUUCAGGACCAGGUCCUAGGCUUGUUGAAGUAUCUGGUGAUAGAUAAUAAGGAUAAUGAAAAUCUUUAUCAUGCAAUCAAAUGCUUAGAUCCUUUUCCUGAAUAUCCAGCUUUUAAAGAUUUGCGAGCAACUCAGCAGAAAAUAAAAUACAGUAAAGGACCAUACUCUCUUUUGGAGGAAAUUAAUCACUUUCUCUCAGUUGGUGUUUGUGAUUCACUGCCCUUAACACGGCUUGAAGGACUGUAUGAUUUACGCAAACAAUUGGAACAAUAUAAAGAUCAGAUGAAGGAUCUCCUGAAAAAUUUCCAGGAAAAGCCAGAAGAUUCUGUAGUAGUGAAAUUAGUGGUGAAUUUACUGCAGCUGUCCAAGAUGGCAGUUAACCAUACAGGAGAAAAAGCAGUUCUGGAGGCUGUUGGAAGUUGCUUGGGAGAAAUAGGUCCCAUGGAUUUCUCCACCAUAGCUCUUCAGCGUGCUGAAAAUGCACUGGAUUCUAGAGCAGCAGACUUAUUUGAAGAUAGAAAACGUCAGUGGGUCUUCAUAAUGUUAACUCAAAUAAAUACUGCUUUAACAGAUAAUUGUAUUGGUGUUAGAGCUGCUGCUGUUUCCUGUUUGAAAAACAUAUUAGCCACAGAGUCUGGAAGUGAAUUUUGGGAAGUUUAUAAAAGUAAAGCUGAUCCCCUGUUAAUCUAUCUACAGCCUUUCAGAACAUCUAGAAAAAAGUUUCUUGUAGUAUCUGCUAAUGAUACAGAGGCUCGUUUAGAAACUUUGGAUGACACAAACCUGUGGAUUCCUCUGGGAGAAAGUCAUGAGACCUGGAUCAAGUGCCUAACUAGUUCGAUAUUGGACAGUGGAGGUGUGAAAAAUGAAGUUCUACAGUUAAUGAAGCCACUGUGUGAGGUGAAAACAGACUUGUGUCAAACUUUGCUUCCAUACUUGAUUCAUGAUAUAGUUCUUCAUGACUCAGAUGAAUCUUGGAGAAAUCUUUUGUCACUUCAUAUCCAGAAGUUUUUUACAGCCUGUUGCAAAUUUGCCUCGUCUAGUAGAUCUACUCCAAAUUCUGAUUCAGAGCAAGAAACCCAUAAUUUUAGAAGUUUGGAUAAAGUAUCUCGACGAGCCAUGCUUGCUGUUGUUGAUUACUUAAGAAGACAAAAGAGAUCUGCUUCAGGUACAGUUUUUGAUGACAGCUUCUGGCUGGAUCUGAAUUAUCUUGAGGUUGCUAUAGCAGCACAGUCUUGUGCUGCUCACUUCACAGCCUUGCUCUACGCAGAAAUCUACGCAGACAAGAUAAACAGAGACAAACAGCAAGAAAGAUCUUCUUUUAAAGCAGCUAAGAGUUUGACAUUUGAAGAAGAAAGUCAAAAAACAACUAUUACUACUUUGAACGAAAAAAGUAAAGAAGAAACUGGCUUAAGUUUACAGGACCUUCUCAUGGACAUAUACAGAAGCAUUGGAGAACCUGACAGUCUCUAUGGCUGUGGUGGAGGAAGAAUGUUACAACCAUUAGCGCGGCUAAGAACAUAUGAGCAUGAAGCAGUAUGGGAGAAAGCCCUUGUAACAUAUGACCUUGAGACAAGCCUCUCUCCAUCUACUCGCCAGGCAGGAAUAAUAGAGGCUUUGCAGAAUUUUGGUCUUUGCCACACUCUUUCCAUGUAUUUAAAAGGGCUGGAACGUGAAAACACUGAGUGGUGCACAGAACUACAGGAAAUGCGCUACCAGGCAGCAUGGAGGAACAUGCAGUGGGGCCACAUCUCUUUUGUCAGAGAUGAAACGGGAAGACCAGGUUACCAUGAAUCUUUGUAUGAUGCUCUUCAGUCUUUACGAGAUAAGGAAUUCUCUGCUUUCCAUGACAGUCUUAAAGAUGCCAGAGUGAAUGAAGUCGAAGAGCUGUGCAAAGGGAGUCUUGAAUCUGUUUAUUCAUUAUACCCAACCCUUUGUAGACUACAGCUAAUUGGAGAGUUGGAAAACACAGGUCUCCUGUUCUCCAGAUCUGUUACUACUCAACAACUGAAUGAAGUUUAUUUGAAGUGGCAGAGACAGUCCCAACUUCUCAAGGACAGUGACUUCCAUUUCCAGGAACCCAUCAUGGCUCUGCGCACUGUAAUUUUGGAGAUCUUGCUUGAGAAGGAGAAUGACAAUACCAAAAGAGAAUGUAUUAAAGACAUCCUAACCAAACAUCUGGUGGAGCUCUCUAGAUUGGCAAGAACUGCUAAAAAUACACAGCUUCCAGAAAGAGCUAUGUUUCAGAUCAAACAACACAAUCCAGAGGGAUGUGGAGUUUCCGAAUGGCAACUAGAAGAAGCUCAGGUUUUCUGGGCUAAAAAAGAAGAGAGUCUUGCACUGAAUAUACUAAAAACGAUGAUAAAAAAAUUAGAUGCAGAUUGGUUUCAGGUUGAGAAUGAUCCUCACCUGAGAUUGAUGUAUACAGAGUGUCUGAGGCUGUGCGGAACCUGGUUGGCAGAAACAUGCUUGGAAAACCCUACAGUCAUCAUGCAGAAAUACUUAGAAAAGGCUGUGGAAAUUGCUGCAAGCCACAGUGGAGACAGCAGUGAUGAGCUGAAGAAAGGAAAGAUGAAGGCUUUCCUGUCUUUGGCUCGUUUCUCUGAUAAUCAGUACCAGCGAAUUGAGAAUUACAUGAAAUCCUCAGAGUUUGAAAAUAAGCAAGCACUACUGAAGAAGGCCAAGGAGGAGGUUGGCCUCAUCAGGGAAUGUAGAGUUCAAACCAACAGAUACACAGUGAAGGUUCAGCGAGAACUUGAACUGGAUGAAUGUGCCAUACAAGCCCUAACUGAGGAUCGUAAACGUUUCCUGUGUAAAGCAGUGGAGAACUAUAUCAGCUGUUUAUUAAGUGGAGAAGAACAUGAUAUGUGGAUAUUCCGACUCUGUUCACUGUGGCUUGAAAAUCCUGGAGUUGAUAGAGUCAAUGAAAUGAUGAAGAAAAAUGCACAGAAGAUUCCCUCAUACAAGUUUUUGCCUCUGAUGUACCAGCUGGCUGCUCGGAUGGGAACUAAGAUGAUGGGUGGUUUAGGAUUUCACGAAGUUCUGAAUAAUCUAAUGUCUAGAAUUUCACUGGAUCAUCCUCAUCAUACUUUGUUUAUAAUAUUAGCUUUGGCUAAUGCUAACAAAGAUGAACUCCUCACAAAACCAGAUGCAAUAAGAAGAAAUAAGUUAAUUAAAAAUGCACCGAAAGAAAUCUCCCAGCUUGAUGUGGACAGAAUGGAGGCUGCUAGCACUAUAAUCAAUAUCGUAAGAAAAAAGAGAGCUCAUAUGGUUAGAGACAUCGGAGCACUUUGUGAUGCUUACAUCACAUUAGCAAAUGUAGAUGCUACUCCAUGGAAAUCUCAAAGAAAACAAAUAAGUAUUCCAGCUGACCAGCCAAUUAUUAAACUGAAGGACUUGGAUGUUGUUGUUCCUACCAUGGAAAUUAAGGUGGAUCCCACAGGACAAUAUGAAAAUUUGGUCACAAUAAGAUCUUUUAAGCGAGAAUUUCUUUUAGCAGGAGGCAUGAACCUGCCUAAAAUAAUAGACUGUGUAGGAUCAGAUGGUAAAGAAAGGAGGCAGCUGGUUAAGGGGCGUGAUGACCUCAGGCAAGAUGCUGUCAUGCAACAAGUUUUCCAGAUGUGCAAUACAUUGCUUCAGCAAAACACUGAAACACGAAAGAGAAAAUUAAAUAUCCGAAGAUACAAGGUGGUUCCCCUUUCACAGAGAAGUGGUGUUCUUGAGUGGUGUUCAGGAACAACUCCCAUUGGGGAGUUUCUUGUGAAUGUCGAAGAAGGAGCUCACAAGAGAUACAGACCAGGAGAUUACUCUGGUUAUCAAUGUCAAAAAAUAAUGAUGGAUGCACAAAAGAAACAACCUGAAGAGAAAUACAGAAUCUUCAUGAAAGUCUGUGAGAAUUUUCAACCUGUGUUUCGGUAUUUCUGCAUGGAAAAAUUCCUGGAUCCAGCUGUGUGGUUUGAAAAACGAUUGGCAUACACUCGUAGUGUGGCUACAUCUUCUAUAGUUGGCUACAUUCUUGGACUUGGAGACAGACAUGUUCAGAAUAUCUUGAUAGAUGAACAAACAGCAGAACUAGUGCAUAUAGAUCUGGGGGUUGCUUUUGAGCAAGGUAAAAUCCUUCCCACACCAGAGACUGUUCCAUUUAGAUUAACCAGGGACAUUGUGGAUGGAAUGGGUAUUACUGGCGUGGAAGGAGUCUUCAGAAGAUGCUGUGAGAAAACAAUGGCUGUUAUGAGAAAUUCUCAAGAAGCUUUGCUGACUAUUGUAGAGGUGCUGCUCUAUGAUCCUCUUUUCGACUGGACCAUGAACCCCCUGAAAGCUUUGUAUCUGCAGCAGAGACCAGAGGAUGAGGCUGACAUGAGCUCUUCACUCAGUACUGAUCCACAGGAACGUAAAAGAAAAGCCAGCAGUGACGACCAGAGCUUUAACAAAGUGGCUGAGCGUGUUCUGAUGAGACUGCAGGAGAAGCUGAAAGGUGUUGAGGAGGGAACAGUGCUCAGUGUAGGAGGGCAAGUGAACCUCCUCAUACAGCAGGCCAUGGACCCUAAAAAUCUGAGCCAGCUCUUUCCUGGAUGGAAACCCUGGGUGUGACUUCAGAGGAUCCAGCAUGCUUAAAAAACUAUUUCUAUGCAGCAAGUGUCUUAACAUUUCAAAUUGGUAUUUCAUGAUUAAAAUUUAUAUCAGGAGCAACCAUGAAGCCUUAUGCAUAUUAGCAUUCAGUAGAUGGUUUGGAUUUUUUUCAAUAACCUGUUACUGAGAAAACAUUUCUUGUCCACUUAGGUUCACCAUACAGUAUAAAACACCAAGCACUGCUUUGAUGUUCCUUGUGACUCUCAAGGACUUUGCUUGGGCAUACUGGUUGCAUUGUAUUCUUAAAGCCUGAGAUUCAUCACUUUGUGUGUAUGUUAAAUAGCUGGAGUCUUGUGUCUAGUAAUUCUAUGUGAUAAUGUGUAGAAUGGGUGAUCUAAAAGCCAGGAGUCAUAAAAUAACUAGCUAAAGUACAUUUCUAAAGGGGAGUUAUACUUUAAAAUAAUGCCUCAUGUUUAAUAAGCCAAGGGUUCUUGGGGUUGGGGUUUUUUAAGCUUAGUUAAAUGGACACGUCUGUAUAUAGAUGUAGACUUUAAGCCAAGUAUAGUAUAGCUGCUUUUUUUCCUGUUGUAAAUUGAAUUAUAUUGGUACUUUAUUUUUAUAGUAGUCUUAAUAGUAUAAAACAAAAAGAUUUCGCUUCUGUAGCUCAGGCUUCCUUGAUAAAAUAGGUUGACUAUACAAUGAAACUUAGCACAUCAGAAAUGCCUCUAAAGUGAACAGUCAUUCUGCAUCUGGAAUAAACACCUGUCAGAAACUUUGAAGUUGUAUUUUGAGUACAAAAAUCUGAUUCUGAUUGCAUGUGCUUUUACAGAGGACAUUGCUCUUUCUUAAAAAGAAAAAAUCGGAUAGUCUGUGAAUAUGGUUAAUCAGAAAAACCAUUCAUAUAACAGUCUUACUGGUAUAUUUACUAAAUCUUCCCAAAUCAUCUUUAUAUUUAAAAAUAGGAAUGAAAUUUGGUGUACCCUCACAUUAUCUUAGUUUAAAGUUUACAGCAUUUUUACAGCAAUGUUAAUGAAGAAUUCCCAUUCUAAUCAGCAUUUCAUGGAUUUUUAUUUGUACAGUGUUUCCACAAUUUUUAGGCUUUAUCUUUAUUUCAUAAGAUAAGGUCAACAUGGCAAAAUUAGUCUUUUGUACUAUGUUUUCAUGAAGCUGACAUAAUUGUCUGUUGAUCCUUGGAAGUGCAUCUUGACUUAUUUUGUGGGCAAGAACUGUGAUCCAGGGGUACAGUGAUUUAUUGGUUCUCUCAAAAUGAAACAUAACUGAAAGAGCAUACACUCUUUAUGUGAAUUUUAAAUGACACUUAGGAAAGGGAGGAAAGUUCUACCAAGCAGUGGGGAGUAGGAAAGAACUAAACAAAACAUCCUGAAAGUGUUUUUCUUUUUAAACACAGACUUAAAAAAAAAUCCAGUAGUAUUUCUGGAAAUUUUUCUCAUGCUUCUUGUAGAGGAAGUUCUUGUUUAGGCAUUUUGGGGGUUAUUUUGUACCAGAACUCCUAGCUAUCAUAUAAAAGAAUAUUGCAUAAAAACACCUGGCAGAGCCUUCCUUCAUGACUUUUCAAUAUACCAGUUGAAAGGGAAUAUUUUGAAACAAUACUAAUAUAGUUGUCCCAGGAAAGCCUAACUUCAAAGAAAAUAAUUAUUUCUCUGCAAUGCUGUUAACUUGGUGCUUAGUGCCUAGAUUUUGAAUGCCUGUACUUUUUCAUUGUUCAAGCUGAAUGAAACACAAACAAAAAUGCAUAUACAUAUUGUAAAUUUAAUUGAAACCUGCUUACAUUACUUACUGGAAUACAGGUUAGCUGGCAAACAUAUGAAAAAGUUCAAACUAUUAACAAACUAAUGUCAAAAUCAGUGUGACACAGUCCUGUUACUAUUGGGUCCUAGUUUAACUAAUCUGACAUUCUUGAGAUAAUUGUCAUCCCUGUAAAGUUUGAGGUAACCAAAUCGGAGGCUGUGCUUUUUGGUCGAGUAAUGCUUUAAUUUUUAAAGUCAAAAUUAAAAAGUGAAUGUUUUGCAAAAAUGUAUCAUCACAGAUACUUGUAUAAGAGUAGACAAAUAAAACAUGGAUGGAAAUGCUGUUUAA